AUGGAGUUAGAGUUUGUCGGUCUAGAGCUAGCUGGUUCUGAGGCUGAGUGGCUAAGAAAUUUCUUAGCAAAUAUCCGUUUGAUAAAGGAUGUAUUCCCUCUUGUGUCUAUGCAUUAUGAUUGCCAAGCCGCAAUUGCUAUUGCGAAGAAUAAAUCUUAUAAUUAUAAGAGUAGACACAUGAAAUUGAGACAUGAUGUCGUUAAGCAGCUGCUAAGAGAUGGAAUAAUAUCCAUUGAUUAUGUGACGUCAGAAUUGAAUUCGGCCGAUUCUCUGACUAAACCCGUGGAAAGAAAAUUAAUUCUUCAAACCUCGAAAGAGAUGGGAUUAAGAAUAUUCUCAAAUGGAGUGGAAGGUGGAUUUGCCUUCAACUACUUUAGUGGAGCUUGCCUUGUUAUCUCAAUUGCUGCAGCUGCUGGUUCUUUUGCUGGACUUGUUUCUGAUUUACAAGUUUUCGGGCCUUUAAAGACACCUAAUUGA